GGUUAUAAAACCGAGCUCAGAGCGCUGCUCCUCUUCCGCCCGCUCCGCCCGAGCUCUCGAGUCGCCGCAGUGGCCAUGGCGUGUCCCCUGGAGCAGGCGAUGGCCAUCAUGGUCACCACCUUCCACAAAUACUCGGGCAAGGAGGGCGACAAAUACAAACUGAGCAAAGCCGAGCUUAAGGAGAUGCUGACUAAGGAGCUGCCGAGCUUUAGCAAACAAACGAGCGAGGCGAGCCUGCAGCAGCUCAUGAGCAACCUGGACUGCAACAGCGACAGCGAGGUGGAUUUCCAGGAGUACGCGACAUUCCUGGCCUGCCUGGCCAUGAUGUGCAACGAUUUCUUCCAGGAUCUCCCGGAUAAAAUGCCGCGCAGGAAGUGAUGGCUCGGCCGUGUCGCCUCCCCGGGGCUCUCCCGGUGAUAUUUUAAUAAAUUUUGGUUGAAUCGAA